ACAAGUCUACCGGACGACCCCGGCGCGGCGCCCCUCUCACAAAUCGCGGCGGACGAGGACUACUCGUUGAAACUCUACGGUUCAAAAAACGCGGUCGACGCCUCGUCAUUGCGGAUUGUCUGGCCCGACCUCAUGCCUUCACAACUCCGCGAUUCACUAAGGGUCAAGUGCGGCCGCGUCUGGACGCGGCGCCAGCCACCGACGCUCUUCUACGAGCGCCACUUCCUGCAGAGGCGCGCCCUGUGGGUCCACCGGCCGCCGGGCUUCGCCGAGGUCUUUCAGGACGGCGCGUGGGCUGAAGUGACACACUGCAGCUACGGCGUAAAUAAGACGGCCGAGCCCUUCUUCUUCGCGGCGUCGGGGUCAGGAGUGUGGAUCAACGUCGGGCGCUCGCUGCGGCUGGACUUCCGCGACGAACAAAUGCCAUUGGUCCACCGAGCGAUCGCCGACGGCGAGUUUGGGGAGGCGGCGCGGUUGCUCGACGGCGUCGACCUUUCGACAUACGACAGCGUACAAUUCAGCCAGAUGCACGGCGGCACGUGGCCCGCGGACGUUUUGACGGAGAUCGUGUUUCUCAAAUUAAGGUCGGAGUCGGAUACGAUAGCCAAGUUCCUGCCUUCGUUACAAUGCGGCCCGUCACAUCGACGACGCCCGUGCCGCGCCGACGACGCGGCGGUCGUCCAACAAAAUGACUGCCGCCUGCCGCACCUGAAUAUACAUCAAGGCGUCGACGCGCGGCCCCUCGAUCUUGUUACUUCCCCCGGCGUCCACGCGGCCCUCGCGCGGUCGGGCUGCGACGUGGUCAACUGUUCGAUGGACGCGGCGCGCGCGGCGGCCUGGAGCACGACUGCGCCGGCGAACCACCAUUUGUGCGGCCGCGCGCACCACCGCCGCCACCACCGGAAGACUAAACUUAUUCAUUAA